GGUUGCCUUUGAGGGGAGGUUUGUAUGUAGAAAGAAAUCCUGAAUCAAGAAACAACAACUUGUCAUCUUCGUUUAACCUAAAAAAAAUACGUCCGCCGAUGAAGAUUGUGGAAAGGUGAAAUUUUCUCGAUCAUGUCUUUGCCGGGAAAUCGAACCAGGGUGCUUUGCAAGUUCUUUGCCCAUGGAGCAUGCCUGAAAGGGGAGCAUUGCGAGUUCUCACAUGACUGGAAGGACCCGGCUAAUAACGUCUGCACAUUUUAUCAGAAAGGAGCUUGUGCAUAUGGUAUCCGUUGCAGAUAUGACCAUGUUAAAGUUCCUCAACGUCAAGCUUCUGCAUCUUCAUCAACAUACCCUUUUCAAUAUGCUGUUCCAGAAUCUAUUACUGCAUCUUCAACACCUGGAACUGCAUCCCCCAUUGCUGUUAUUGGAGAGCUUUCAGCUUACACAUCUGCAAAACCUACAUGGGCUGAAGGUUCUGGACAGAAUGAUUUGAUAAGUGAUGUUAUAGGGCAAUCAAGAAGUACAAAUCCAGCUGACAUUGUAAUGUGUUCAUUUGCUGCUGCUGGAAAUUGUCCUCGUGGAGAAACUUGCCCUCAUCUCCAUGGGGAUUUAUGUCCAACAUGCAGAAAACAAUGUUUGCAUCCUUUCAGAGCGGAUGAAAGGGAAGAACAUAAAAUGGGUUGUGAAAAGAAGCAUAAGCAUCUUGAGGCAUUGAAACACAGUCAAGAAAUAGAAUGCAGUGUUUGCCUUGAACGUGUACUUUCAAAACCAACAGCAGCUGAAAGGAAGUUUGGGCUUUUAUCAGAAUGUGAUCAUCCCUUUUGUAUAUCAUGUAUCAGGAAUUGGCGAAGUAGUUCUCCAACAUCUGGAAUGGAUGUGAAUUCUGCUUUGAGGUCUUGCCCUAUUUGUAGGAAGCUUUCUUAUUUUGUCAUUCCUAGUGUCAUUUGGUAUGCAACUAAAGACGAAAAGCAGGAAAUUGUAGAUAGCUACAAAGCAAGACUCAGGUCUAUUGACUGCAGACACUUUGACUUUGGAAAUGGGACAUGCCCAUUUGGGACCAGUUGUUUUUACAAGCAUGCGUACCGUGAUGGGCGUCUAGAAGAAGUGGUUUUGCGUCAUCUUGGGGCUGAAGAUGGACAGACAGUCAUUGCUAAAGAUAUCAGGCUGUCAGACUUCCUCAACCGUAUGCGCAUAAGAUGAACAACCAUGAUUAGCUUCCAGUGUGCAGGAUAUUUUGUGUAGCUAGCUAGGUAUUCCCCAUCAUAAAACAACUCACUUCCAUCUUUAGAUGUUUCAUUGUGGCCCGCAUAUAUACUCAAGAUGGUUGAUUGGUUGGGAAUGAUAAAGGGGAUGCUUAAAAAGGGUAUUGAAGAAUAACUUGCAGCUGAUAUAUAAUAUAUAAUAUAUAUAUUUUUUGAGGAUAAAUUAAAGGAAGUGUAUGUUGAAUUAAGGGAAUGGUCAAGUGAUAAAUGAUUUUUUUUUUUUGAAAAGAAAAUCAAAAACUUGUAUGGAACAUAAAGUGAAGUUGACCUGCCCUGCCCAAUUUGUAAGUUUGGGGAUUGUACAUGCUUUUGGUUUGUAUUUUGUUCUUGUUUUAACUCUUUUUUUUUUGUCAAUAAUUGGGGAAACUUUGGAGUAA